GGCGGAAGGAGAGUCUCAUGUCCUUGGAGCGCAUGCUGUUGCACAGAGAUGGCAGAGGAGGCUCAAAGCAGGCUUCAGAAUGCGGUGGACUCCAUGGUGAAGAACCUGGAGAGGGAGAAUAUCAGGAAAAUGCAGGGUAAGAUGUUUCGGUGUAGCGCUCAAUGCUGUGAUAACGAACCUGCUUCCAUGCAGGUAGUGCACAACUGUAUAGAGCGCUGUCACAUGCCACUUGCCCAGGCACAAAGUCUGGUCACCAAUGAGCUGGAGAGAUUUCAGGAUCGCCUUAGUCGCUGCACCCUGAACUGCAACGACAAAGCAAAGGACUCGUUUGAUUCCGGCAAUAAAGAAGCAAAAGUGAGGGCUCAGCUGGAGGGCUGUGUGAUGAAGUGUGCAGAGGAACACAUGAACCUCAUCCCCAGUAUGACCAAGAAGCUGAAGGAUUCUUUAAUUGAGGCUGACAAGAAAACCUCUUAGGAUCCAGAUAUGUUUGUUGUAGCCAUCCUUCCUGCUGGAGUUCUGAGACAGCU